AAAAUAUACAAAAUAAAAAAUAAAAAUAAAGAACAAACGCAGCCACCCAGAGUUCCCACCUCUCCGACGGCAAACCUUCGAAAAGGUUAUAGGCCCCUCUUCAAGUCCAUUCAGUGCAAGCACGACGCCGUUUUGGUUCUUGUCAAGAGAACUCGCAUCUCCGAGAUACACCAUCUGUUUGGUUGCCGAGAAAAGCUGUAGUUAUAAAUGGCAGGCCCUAAGGGAAAGAAGCAGCAAAAGCGCGGUGUCGACUUCAAAAAAAUAAAGCGAAAGAUUGGUAAAAAAUUGCCACCAGCAAAGAAUGCUACAAAUACUGAAAUUAAAUCCAAAGCAAUUAUUCUUCCCGAGCAGAGUGUGGCAUCGGAGAAGGCAGGAUUAGCAGUGAAUAAGAGAGGUUUAACAUUGAAAGAACUUCUUCAGCAAACAUCCCAUUACAGCUCAAAAGUUCGUAAAGAGGCAUUGUUGGGUAUUAAGGAUUUAUUCAAAAAGUAUCCAGAAGAGUUGAGGCUGCACAAGUAUGCUGUUAUUGAAAAGCUGCGAGAACGCAUUGGCGAUGAUGAUGAUAGAGUAGCUCGAGAAACACUACAUGAACUUUUUAAGUCAGUAAUUCAUGCUGGUUGUAAGGAGGAUAAUCAAGAGCUUUUCGUUUCCUUGAUGAUGCCCUACAUAUUUAAUGCAAUGACACAUUUAGCAAUCGAUGUUCGGUUGAUGGCUUUCACAUUUUUGGAGCUUGUCAUCCAGUACCAUCCACCUUCCUUUUUCUUGUAUGCUGAAAAGAUUCUUCAAAGCUUUGAGGAUAUUCUGCGGCGGAACCAGUUUUAUUUGGAGGACAAGAAGAAGCUCAAGACUGCUCUUGCCGGGUUGGGGCAAUGCUUGUCGCUGUUGCCAUGUAACAAGAGAGAAGUCAGCUCAUUAGAAAAGAAUGAUGCCGGACAAAGGAUGCUGCAUGCUUUUGAGCCCGAUUUGCCUGCAAAAUCUGCUGGAUGUUCUGUCAUCAUCCCAAAACUAAAAGACCUUGUGCCAGUUCUAGUCAAUUGUUUCCAAGAUUUUAUUCCUGAAGUUCAGAGGGGUUCACUUCUUGAUCAACAAUCAUUUGAUUGUAUGUUGUCCAUACUUCACAGUAUCAACCUUGCAGUGAAGUUCUUUUUCUAUAUGACUGAUGAGGGUAAAUUGGAAUCACGACCUUCUCAAGAAGGGCUUGAUGUGACUAUGUUGACUAUCUCUAUGACACUAUUGAAGAAGUUACUAGUAUUGUUUCCCCUUAACAUGACAAAUCAACUUUCAGAAAAGGAUGAUGUUGAAUAUUUUGGCUUGAACGCUGAGUUGACAGAAAUAUUUUUAUACUUAAGCAAAUGGAUCUCCCCUCCUGCUAUUUUAUUGGAAAAAGUUUUAGAAUUUCUGGAAAAUUCUCUGCUUCGAAAGAUCUGCCCUGACACACGUAUUGGUAAAGCUUUGGAGAAGCGGGAGAAGUGGAAGAAGCGGGAGAAGAAGGAGAAGCAGGAGAGGCAGGAGAAGCAGCUGAAGCAUUUAAUUUCACUUCUUCCUUUUGUUCCAAAACUUGUUUCCCAAGUGCCAGAUGACUGGAAGUCUCGCCUUCUUCAGGCUUUCACUGAGGCAUUCAAGGACUGCAAUCAUGUGUCCCCUUUGAAGUUGGCUUGCCUUUCCAUUAUGGAGGAGAUGCUAGUUCCUAGACAAGACGUGCUGUACCUGGAUCCUAGUGUUCCUGAGAUAUUUGACUUUCAGAUUGCCUGGAUAAGAGAGCUUCCUAUGUUGCUGAUCCUGAUGGGUGAUAAAAACCCAUCCUGUUCCCAGGUUGUGUUGCACCUUCUACUUCGCCUGGGACAACGUUCAUUAAUGAACUCUUCCUUUGCACGGGAAUAUGACAACAUGCAAUUCUCACUGCAACCAUUUUUCAGCAAUCAAAAUGAUGGAGAUAGUCCCUUUGUAAAGCUUCCCAGAGAUUCUCAGGAACUCUCUCUUUGCUGCCUGUUUUAUUUCUCUCAUUUGGAUUCACUUUUGCUGAAGUCAAUAGCUGAUUGUUGCCUUUGUCCGCAUCUGGAACAUCAUGUAUUAUUUCGAAUCAUAGAGGUCUUGCAUUCAUCUUAUAAAUCUGGGCAUAUCCAGAUUGCUGAUCACAUUAGUUUCCUUAUCACCUUGCUCUCCAGUUUCAGUGUUUUCCCAUGUACAUCUGACAAAAAAGAAUUUAUAGAGAGUGAUGUGAAUAUCUCAAAAGAGAGUGAUGUGAUUAUCUUAAAUCGGAAGGCUUUGAAGUCACUCACUCGCAUUGUUCAGUCAUGCCUGUCAGAGAUGGGUGAUAAUUCUCUUGUUUUUCAGAUGCUAGAGAAAGUGAUACUUGAGCAAAUGUCACAAAUUCCUCCUCUAGACAAUCUUUGUGCUAUGCUUAGGAUGCUUAUUACACUGGACUCUAAAGCCACAAUAAUUUCUCAACAAGCUUUUAUAAGCCUAGGCAAUAUCCUUCCGUGGUAUCUGAUAGACAUUGUGCAUUGCACUGCUGAAGAGGAUAAGAUGGUCCCGGGUUCCAUUUGUUCAAGUGCAUGCUGUUAUUAUCUUACUCCUUGCUUUGUCUUAUUUGAUAAAAGUCACAAACUUCUGAAUGUUGUAUUGAAAACAUUGGGGUCAUGGAUAACUAAAAGUAGUUUGGCAUGUUUAACUCCUGAUCAAACCCGCUACACAACAGAAAUUUCAAGUAAGGUAGAUGCGGUCGUUUCCGUGCUUCAAUUGAUGCACAAGGAUGACAAAAUUUGGCAAAUCAUAUCUUCAUUCAAGGCGGAGAUUGACUGUAUCUUGGAAAGCAUCAUCGUUUUACAGUCCUCGAAAGAAAUCAGCAUGACCAUCGAAGAAAGGCACAUGGUGCAAUGUGCACUUGGUCGACUAAGGACAUUGCAUAGUGGCAUGCAGUCAGUCUAGAGGGACGUUCCUAAUCUAAGUAGGUGCCUUCACUAUCUAAUUGUUGUGGAAGUGCAAGGAAUGGGAAGAGAAGGAGAUGAUCAAGAUCCUGACAGUAGUUUAGGGAAUGGCUUCUGGAUCAAUGUUGGUCGAUGAUCCUUGACUUGGUUGAGGUUAGGUACUCGAAGACACGAACUGAAUGCACGUCUCCGAUGGCCGGCUUGUCUUCCUCAUGAGCUAGAGCAAAGCCAUGAUUAUCAUGCUAAGCAGAUCAAAAGGAAAAGAAGAAAAGGAGUCUCGAACACCUAGCAUAUUUUUGGGGUUUUGGGUUAUGUUGGGAGUCAGAUUUUGUUGUAGAAAGUUUAACAUACUAACUGUUUAGGAAUGAUUUUAUCUGAGACUCGAGCACCUAGCAUAUUUUUGGGGUUUUGGGUUAUGUUGGGAGUCGGAUUUUGUUGUAGAAAGUUUGAAACAGAACUGUUUAGAAAUAAUUUUAUCUGAGACUGAAUGGGCGCCGAACCGGCCCAUUGCCAUCCCGAA